AUGGACGAGGAGAUGAAGAGUGACGCAAACGCGGAGGUGGCAACACAUGCGAUCACAAAUGAAGAGAAACGAUUUGAGAUCAAGAAGUGGAAUGCUGUGGCUCUCUGGUCGUGGGACAUUGUUGUUGACAACUGCGCAAUCUGUCGCAACCAUAUAAUGGACUUAUGCAUUGAAUGCCAAGCAAACCAAGCGUCUGCUACAAGUGAAGAAUGCACAGUAGCGUGGGGCGUCUGCAAUCAUGCUUUCCACUUUCACUGUAUCUCACGAUGGCUCAAGACGCGCCAGGUGUGCCCAUUAGACAAUCGCGAGUGGGAGUUCCAGAAAUACGGCCGAUAA